AUGGAGGGAAUAGAGCACCGGACGGUACGCGUCAACGGCAUCGAUAUGCACGUGGCGGAGAAAGGCGGCGCCGGCGCCGCCGUGGUGCUCUUCCUCCACGGCUUCCCGGAGCUCUGGUACACGUGGCGCCACCAGAUGGAGGCGUUCGCCGCCCUCGGCUACCGCGCAGUGGCCCCCGACCUCCGCGGCUACGGGGACACCGACGCGCCGCCGAACCCCUCCGCCUACUCGUGCCUCCACGUUGCCGGCGACGUUGUGGCGCUGAUUGAGUCUCUCACCGGCGGCGGAGGAGGGGUUUUCGUGGUGGCGCACGACUGGGGCGCCAUGAUCGGGUGGUACCUUUGCUUGUUCAGGCCGGACUUGGUCAAGGCUUACGUGGCGCUAACGGUGCCGUUUAGGCCCAGGCAUCCCACCGUCAAACCCGUGGACGGCAUGCGCGCCUUUUUUGGUGAAGAUUACUAUAUGUGCAGAUUCCAGGAACCCGGCAAAAUAGAGUCCGAGAUGAGUGCGUACGGAGCUGAAGCCGUUAUCAAAAAAAUCCUCACGGACCGUAAGCCGGGCCCGCCUUGUCUACCCAAAGAAAACCCGUUCGGGUCCAAAACUGAUCCGGCCAUCGAAUUGCCUCCUUGGCUCACCCAACAAGACCUCUACUAUUACGCACAAAAAUACGACCAAAAGGGCUUCGCCGGAGGACUCAACUACUACCGAGCACUAGACUUGAAUUGGGAGUUGACGACAGCAUGGACAGGGGCAAAAGUGAAAGUUCCGGUGAAAUUCAUCGUGGGGGACCUCGACAUGGUGUACACCACUCCUGGAGUGAAGGAAUACGUGCACGGUGGGGCCUUCAAAAACGACGUGCCCCUUUUGGAGGAAUGUGUCGUCUUGGAAAAUACGGGGCACUUUAUCAACCAAGAAAGAGCUCAAGAGGUUAAUGCUUUGAUUCGCGAUUUUAUCGCAAAGUUUUGAAGUAUACUGUUGUUCGCAUGCAAUUGGAUAUCGGAGCCUAAAUUAAGCCUACGCAUUUCGAGUUUUAUAUUUGGCAAUGUAAUAAACGACGGUCGUUGGUUAAUACUUGUUUCCAAUUUGUCAAGAAAUGUAUGAGCACAUACUCCUUGUCCGAAAUCUUUUGCCCAUCCUCGAAUCAAAAGAGGUUUUGCUACUUUUAUUCUUUUGAAAAUAGAAAAUUUGAUCAAAUGUAUCUAGCGUGAAAUACAAAUUUCAAGCUACCAUCUAGCCUUAUUCGAAAAUUGAACUUUGAUCACUUGAACAAUUUCAAAUAACG